AUGGACCCAACAACGCAGGAGAAGCAAGAAACCGAAAUCACGGCUCUCAAAUCUAUCUACGACAACGACUUCAUCGAUUGCCCCCCGCCAAGAGCGUGGAAGGGCGCAGCCAGACUUCACGAAUUCAAGAUCCGCAUAUCCCAUCCUAGUGCUCCGGAUAAGACCUACUUCUGCCUACACACAACCUUCCCAAAGACAUACCCGAAUCAUGCUCGCGCAUCCUUUGCUGUCCAGCAGCCGGCGAAAGGGUUGACCCCCUCACAAAUGACCAAGUUAUCCCAAGCUAUCAAUGCCGAGGUCGCACAGUCAACUAUCGGCGAGGAGAUGGUGUUCUCGAUCGCCACCUUUGCGCAGGAGUGGUUGGAAAGUAACAUCGAGCCACCGACUGAAGUAGUGGGCUCGCUAGCUCUUCAGAUGACGCGGAGGGCGCAGGAGGAGGAGAGGGCACGCAAAGAACGCGAGGAGGCGGAGGCACAGCAAGCUGCAGAGCUAGAGAGGCGGCGUAUCGAGGCCUUCAAUGACGAAGUUCAAGCGAACUCUGUGCGGCAACAGGAAGAGCUGGAGCGGUUCCACGCACGAGCGCGCGCGAAGUCAGUUGCAUCGACGGUAGUGGAGGUGCAUGACGACUCGGGUACCUUGAUGGAGACGUUUGAUGAUUGGCUCGUCAUAGACAACAUACGUUUUCGUACCGUCAAGCUCUUUCACCCGCGCUCUGCGUCCGUCGACCGCCCGAGUAUCGAACAGGAUCUCGCGUAUCGUGGCAUAACUGACGAGGUCCCGAACAACACCGUGCGUCGCGACCCUCUGGGGACAAUUUGGAAGGCAGAGCCCGUAUGUGAUGACGCGCACGCGACUCUUCCGCUCGAGGUGCACACAGUCGAGAUCUCCAACCCAUACUAUGCCAAUGGCCAGGGUAUGAAGAAGUUGCGCGGCGUGGAGACAGAACUUCGUCGUCUCAUUAGUAUUCGUCACGAGAACCUACACCGGAUACAUGCUGUCAAACUCGAGACUCCCCUAUCCGGCUCUCCACGCCUCGCCAUCCUCAUGGACGAGCGUCCUCAGCUGACUCUGUACGAUAUCCUGGCCGACAACAACACCAUCAGGGUUGAACGUGCGGCUGAGUAUCUUGAGCAAGUUCUUCGAGCCCUGGGUGCUGUGCACAAGGCGGACUUAUUGCAUCGGGCUAUGGUCGUACAUAGCGUAGGGCUUGCGAACGGUCCUCGAGGCUCCUUUCAGAAGCGUGUUAAACUUAUGAACUCUGCCUACCUCAUCAAGCUGCUUGACCUUCAUCGCUCGAACCAGUUCGGCCCGUAUAUGCACACAAGUAUCUCGGAGAUCUAUCGUUUCAGCGAGGGAUGGCGAUCGCACGAUGAAGCGGAAAGCAUAUUGCGCUAUUCCCGCUUGCGAGAUCUGCAUGGCGCCGGGGUGAUCAUGCUUCAAAUGGGACUUGGCCUUACGGUCAUCGACGAGUAUCAGACUCCGCGCAGUGCUUUGGAACAGAUUAUGCCCAGACCACCUCCCAUGCUCGCUCACCACGUCAGUGCCCUCUGCUACGCGAAGAAGUCGGCCUCCUGCGAGUCUAUCUUGAAGGCGAUCACCAAGUACGGCCACAACUCCAACCGCACAGUGACAGCCGGCGCUACCACGUCGCCGAUAUCCAUACAUCAUGAUCCGCAGACGCCUCGUCAGGCAGACUAUGGGAGUUCGCCCGAACUCGACUAUUUCCGCGGACCGCAGAUGGCAAUCAGUUCGCCACCAGUCCAGGCGCCCAUUCACGCACGGAGUGAGCAACCGGAGUCUAGAAGUCGAUACGCCACAGACUUCAGAGAGCUCGAAGAGAUCGGUCAGGGCGGCUUCGGCAAGGUUAUGAAGUGCGAACAUCGAGUAGACGGACAUGUAUAUGCUAUCAAGAAGAUUCGUCUGAGUCCUCAAUCUGUCGAUGCGCGAGGCAAGGAGGACAAGAAGAACCUGAAGCUAUUCCGCGAGGUGCAGCUGCUAUCGCGACUAUCUCACAAGCACAUCGUUCGGUACCACUCCACGUGGCUUGAGGAGGCGGCGCCUUUAUCUCCGACGGAUGACGAGAGGACCGGUAGCGACAGUGGAGACGGUUGGGGUUCCGGUACGGAGACUGAACGCGAAGAUUCGUAUGUGGCCCGCCGCAAUGGCGCUGGAGGCGCAAACGGUUCGCGAGGUCUGCUCCCGCCGCCGAAGCUGCGGAAGGUGUCGCAAUUUCGCAUACCGGACAUGGACGAGCGAUCACCGGUAGUCGCAGGUUCGAGCUCGGACGAGUAUGAAGACGACCUGGUGGCGUUCACCGAUCCCUUCCGCCCCGACCUGAGCGAGCUUGAUAAGACCCAGACCAAGUCCACCGGUAGUUUCCCCAGUAUCUACUUCGGGUCUGGCUCAGGUCGUGGCGGGACCAGCGUUGAUGUCAACUUUGAUGUCGAUAGUGACGAGAGUGACGAAGUGGACGAUCUCAUACUUGGUGGUACAGUGAGCAGGUUGCCACCUGCUCUGACCAUCAAGACGAAUCAUCCUCCGGAUGUACCAAAACAGAUCCCACGUAUCCUAUACAUCCAGAUGGAAUAUGUGCCGAACCAAACAUUGGAAGAUCUCGUCAAGCAAGGCAUCGUCGAGGACACAGCGUGGCGGCUAUUCAGACAGGUUGUAGAGGCACUCGUUCAUAUGGAGAGCCUCAACAUCAUCCAUCGUGACAUCAAGCCUUCUAAUAUCUUCAUCGACAACGAAGGCAAUUGCAAAGUCGGCGACUUCGGCCUAGCUACGUCAAGUUUGAGUGUGAUCGCCGAAGAUCCUGCACCUUCGCCAUUCAAUGAUUCCGCUAUGCCAGAUAUGACAUCAGAGGUUGGUACACGCCUCUACAUAGCGCCAGAGGUCAUGUCGCGGUCAGUGAAGACUCCGAAGAAGCCUGGUGAAAAGCGAAAUCGUGUUGUACACCCCAAGGCAGACAUUUAUAGUGUGGGAAUUGUAUUCUUCGAGCUCAACUUUAGAGUCAGUACUGGAGCCGAGCGCAUCAAGGUGCUUGAAGACCUUCGGCGGCCCGAGAUACGUUUCCCAUCUGACUGGGAUCCUAAGCGUACGCGGCAGCGGGAGAUCAUUACUUGGUUGGUACAGCACGAUCCGGAUAAGCGUCCGACAGCCCUCGAGCUUCUCCGCAGUAGUCUGAUGCCUUACAACGUUGAGGAAGAGCACUUCAAAGGCGCACUUCGGCUGAUGACACAACCGGAUUCAGCGCACUAUCAGACAACGAUCGACGCCCUCUUUGAACAUCGCUCAAAUGGUGUGCGUGCGGCGCUAUACGACCAGAUAGCCGAGCCUCACCCGUUGACAUGGGUUGUCCGCGAUACCCUAGCGGGUAUGCUACGCCUGCACGGAGCGCACGAGGUCGAGCCGCCCUUGCUUGCACCGUUUUUAGACUCGGAUGACGCGGAACAUCGCGCGACCUUCAUUGACCGUCAUGGCGAGAUUGUUGCUCUACCGAACGACGCUCUGAUGCCUUUCGCGCGUCUUGCUGCUCGCGCUGGCCUCAACCGCAUCAAGCGCUUCCACAUCGGUGACGUAUACCGCCCGGCGCCUGUUGCGGGUCAUCCCAUCACGAGCAAGGCGGCAACCUUCGAUAUCAUCGCACACGACGUUGCUAGCGGUGCGAAUGUCUCUGUAGCAGAGUGCAUCAUAGUUGCGAACGAGAUCUUGGAUGUCUUUCCUGGGUUGUCUGCGCUAUACGAGAUCCGUAUCUCGCACUCCGCCGUUGUCGACAUGUGUCUGGAACGUAUCCCCGAGAAGUCACGUCAGGCAGCCUUAGAUAUUCUUGCCCAAAGCAAGUCUUCUUGGUCCCAGAAACGUGCACUCUUGGUGAAGAAAGGUCUUUUGCGGAGCGUCGUCGACGAGCUUGAAGUACUGGACGAAUGCGACGAAGAGCUUGACUUCGUCGUAACUCGGCUUGGGAAGGUUGCGCCCACUCUCCUUGAUUCACUGCGACCGCACCUCGCGGACAUCCGGCAAGUGAAAGAGUUUGCGGCGUUGUCCAUAUCGCGUCCGAUCCACUUCCACGCUCUUAUGCACGGCCCUCAUAUGUCGCAGUUCAAGCGCGGCGUCUGCUUCGAAAUAGUGCGGCGCGGUCGACGGGGUGACGUACUGGCGGCUGGUGGACGAUACGACCACUUAAUCUCUCAGCUUGCAUUGGCUCCCUCGACAGGCGAUGCUGCCGCGCAGCGGGCAAUCUGCAGCGUGGGAAUGCAAGUCAGCGUAGAGAAGAUAAUCAAUUAUGUCGGCGAACAUCAAGCGCAGUCUAUAGAGCGGCUGAUCAAGGAGCAGCGCUCUUUCGGAUACUGGACUUACCGUCGCUGCGACGUGUAUAUCGUCAGCUAUGCACCGGGCCAUCUAGAGGAACGUCUUGAGCUUGCGACCCUCUUGUGGCGACACGGCAUCGCGGCGGACCUGAUGUAUGAGGGUGCGCUUGAGUCUGGCGGCGCGCCCGAUGAGUUCAUGGAACUCUGCAGUAAGGAGGGCAUCCUGUUCUGUCUCUGGCCGCAGCGCGCGAGGAAGGAUCACGGUCCAGCUCAGGCCCUCUUCAAGAUCAAGAACCUGCUAACAGGACAGGUACAUGAAGUAUCCCGCGCGGAGCUCGUACGCUGGCUUCAGCAUGAACUCGCAGAGCAGAAGCGAGUCGAUGCAACGACUGCGGGCGCUCCGCCGCGAGCGGACUCCUCACCCAUUGUUCCGUCUGCGAGCAUCGGUUUUGGGUCGGGCAAGGCAGCUGGAAACGGCAUCCAAGAUGUCGCACUGGUGUUGCCCGCGGAUACGAAGAAGGGUUUCUUCGCAGGCAAGGGCGGGGCAAAGAAAAGCAGCACGUUGUUCUCAGAACGCGCAUACUCUCUGGCGGGCGAAGUACGUGCCGCAGCGUCACAGGGGAUGCCACUCAUCGCUGUUGACGUAUCGGCGAGCACCUUCGACCUAUUAUGCCGUUCGACGUCUUGGCUAGGCGACGAAGAUGCGUGGAAGGCAGUCAUUGCUAGCUUCCCUAUUCCGAACCCGGUAUAUGCGCUUCAGAUACGCGAGGCAGUGAAUAAGCGGCGUGCGGAGGGCAUUCGAUAUAUUCUGUUAUUCGCUGUCAGGGAAGAGAGAGUCCAUCUGCUCAAGUUGUGCUGA